UAAUAUUUAUCAUCAAUGGCUUAUCGAGGGAGAAAAUCAAGUGAGUUUGACAAACUCCAGAAGGAGAACUCACAGAUGAAGAGCGUCAUCGAAAACCUGAGGAAGCAAAACAUGGCUUUAAACCAACGGGAUGACCAGAACAAGUUUUCAAGUUUUGGCUAUCAGGAGAGCUACCCAAUCGCAGAGGGCCAUCGUGGCUUCAUCAGUGAUGCCAGACUUCUGCAGAUGCAGAGAGCUGAGAGAGAGGCCAUGGAAGCAAAGCAAAGAAAGAUAAGUGCUAUCCAUGAGAAUUAUAUCCGGACUGCUCUCAUCGGUGUUGGCAGCACCUUCGCGCACCACUUCGUCCCCUCUAUUCAGUGUAUUCCGAGGCCGAAAGCUCCACCGAGGCCUUUGCCACGAAGGCUUGAGCACAUAGCUCUGGCCCCACUGAAGAAUGUGGUGGGGGUGGACGGAGCCCAAGUUCGACCCGGAUCUCACUCUCUGGAGUCCAUCCAGGUAAAUAAGUCAUUCAGCAGCAGUAGCGUGUGGCCUGUUCCCGUCCCUCCCACUGCAGCUCCUUCCAAGAGGGGCAAGAAGAAGAAGGGCAGGCGGGGAGUCAAAGCCCUGAAAGUCCAGUCGGACCAGGGCUGUGCUGACAACAACGGACCCAUUGACCUGAUGGAGGAGGUGAGAGACAUCGAGGCUCACCUGAAGGAGGAAGACUGGAAGGUAGCAUGGACUUUGAAUUUAUUGUAA